AAGACCAGGGGGGACUUGUGACUUCACUACGUACCAGCAGCACACAUCCAAACAAUAUUUCUCAAAGAUCCUCUCUGUGCAUCUCUUGACCUGUGAUGGAGUCUGCUAUCGGUGUUCUGGUGUCCCAGUUCAAGGCGUUUGCUGGCAGUGAUGGUUCCUCGGACACACUGAGCAGAGACGAGUUUCACAGACUGGUCAAAUCUCAGCUCCCAAACUUUGUCACGAAUGCUGGCGACUCCACGGCCAUUGACCAGCUAAUGAGCUCAUUGGACAAGGACAAUGAUGGAGAGCUCAGCUUCCUGGAGUUCUGGAAGCUGAUUGGACAUCUUGCGAGCAGACAUGGGGGGUUCAGCCUAUAAUAGUGUUCUUAGAUACUCUGUUACAGCCCUGUGUGUGUCACUUACUUGUCUCUGUGCCAUACGGUUUGAAAAAAAUAUAUAUUUGGAAAACAGCCAAACGGAAACACCUUGAAGUGUGUUUCAACUGCAGGAAGCUGUGUUUUUAUCAGCAGUCUGCAUUUCUUCUCACCCAGCAACUGCCAAACUGGCACACACUCUGAAUACUAUUGAACCCUUUCAGAAAUAUUAGAACCAGUCCCUAGCUGUUUCCAAACACACACACACACACAUACUCACAGCUGCUUGUGCUUACAGGUCUACAAGGGUGUAGCAGAGUGGGAGUGUACUUCAUGAAAACUGAGAAUCUAUGUGUUACCUCUACGUUUUCUUGGCUUGUCUAAUUCUUGGAACACACGUUUCAUUCUGUUUAUCAUCAUC